AAUAUAUAUAUAUAUAUAUAUAGACCUUUGCCCACUUUGUAAUAUACAGACCGAAGAUAGUUAAUAAAGAAAAUAACACUUCUUAUUUUGGUUGCCCUUUUGGUACUUUAGUUUUUAGUCUUUAAUUAUUUAAUACAGAAAUGAUUCAUUGAUUUGAGCUUAUAAAUAAAAUAUUUUUCUUCGAAUUUAAAUUCCAAAUACAAUUUGUAAGAAUUUAUGGGCCUAUGAUAUCAGUAUACUCGUACCUUUUUGCCCUUUACAAAAGCCCACAUCUAUUUUCAUCGCCAAUCGGAUCAUCGGAUAUCUCACAGCAAUUCCGCCGCCACCGCCAUCGCAAUGGGUUCCGGCAACCGUAGCAGUAAGGGUAAGUCGGCGUCCAAAUCCGGCAAAUGCCGACGCCGAUCUUCCGAUGAAUCCGCCUCAGACUCCGAUUCAGUUUCUUGCACUGAUUCCGGAUCCGACUCGUCUCCGCCGACAAGCAGCCGUAGCCGUAGCCUUAGCCGCCGUUCAAGCGGAAGCAAAAGUCGAAGACCUAGAAAUUACUCCGAGGAAGAGAGUAGUAGUUCCGACGAGCGAAAUAAGAAGAAGAAGAAGAAAAUUACUGAAGAAGAAAUUGCUUUAUACAUGGCGAAGAAAGCACAGAAGAAAGCAGCGAAAGUAGCAAAGAAGUUGAAAACGCAGAAAGUUUCAGGUUACUCAAACGAUUCAAAUCCAUUCGGAGAUUCAAAUUUAAAUGAAAAUUUCGUAUGGCGGAAGAAAAUCGAACGCGAUGUUACUCGCGGCGUGCCGCUGGAUACAUUCUCAAUGAAGGCAGAGAAACAACGGCAACGAGAACGUAUGGCGGAAAUCGAAAAGGUGAAAAAACGGAGAGAAGAAAGAGCGAUUGAAAAAGCACAAAGGGAAGAAGAAUUACAAAUGCUUGCUCGAGAACGAGCUCGGGCGGAGUUUCAGGAUUGGGAAAAGAAGGAAGAGGAGUUUCAUUUCGAUCAGAGUAAAGUUCGUACUGAAAUUCGGCUUCGUCAAGGUCGUGUUAAGCCUAUUGAUGUGCUUAUUAAGCAAUUAGAACCUUCUGGAGAUUUCGACGUGGAGAUUGAUGAGCCUUAUGUGGUGUUUAGGGGUUUAGGUAUAAAGGAAAUGAAGGAACUUCAGGAAGAUAUUAAAUUGCAUAUUGAUUUGGAUAGGGAAACGCCGUUGCAUAUACAGUACUGGGAGGCGCUUUUGGUGGUUUGUAAUUGGGAAUUGGCGGAAGCUAGGAAGAGAGAAGCAAUGGAUAAAGCGCGAGUGCGUGGAGAGGAAUUACCGCCUGAGUUGGCUGUGGAAGAGAGGGGUUUGCAUUCGAGUAUUGAGACGGAUGUUAAGUCGUUGCUGCAGGGGAAAGGUUAUGGUGAGUUGGAAGCAUUGCAGUCGCAAAUUGAGUCGCAGAUGCGGUCUGGUACUGCUAAAGUGGUGGAGUAUUGGGAAGCUAUUCUUAAACGGCUUCAGAUUUACAAGGCGAAGGCUUGUUUGAGGGAAAUUCAUGCGAAAAUGUUGCGUAAACAUCUUGAGCAUCUUGAGAAACCAUUGGAGAGUCGUGAUGUAGAGGUGGAAGAGACAUUGAAGACUGAUGAGGAAGACGUGGAUCGUGAGCUAAAUGAUGCUCAAGCCAUGUCUCCGGAACCUUUCUUGAAUGAGGAGGUGAAGGAGAACGAGGUGGAGGAGGCGGAGGAAGAUGAUGAUGAUGAAGAUGUGGGUUCUUAUUCGCCUGUGUUAAUGCACGGGGAUGAUAAAGAAGAAGCAGUUGAUCCUGAAGAGGACAGGGCAAUACUCGAGAGGAAACGUAUGGCUGUUUUGGAAGAGAGACGUGCCCAAGAUAAGAUUUUGCCACCAACUCCUGCGGAAGACAACUUUGAGAAGAAAGCUUUCAAGACUAUGGGAGCAAUGGAGGAAGGGGAUGCAGUGUUUGGAUCAAACGACGAAAUUAAUCUUGAUUCACAGGUGUACUGGUGGCACGACAAGUAUAGGCCAAGGAAGCCGAAGUAUUUCAAUCGUGUUCAUACUGGUUAUGAAUGGAACAAGUAUAAUCAAACUCAUUAUGAUCAUGACAAUCCACCUCCAAAGAUUGUGCAGGGAUACAAAUUCAAUAUCUUUUAUCCUGAUCUUGUUGACAAAGCAAGAGCUCCAACUUAUGUCAUAGAGAAGGAUGGAGAUAGUGCUGAUACUUGCAUCAUAAAAUUCCAUGCUGGCCCUCCUUAUGAGGAUAUAGCUUUCCGAAUUGUUAACAGAGAAUGGGAGUACUCUCAUAAAAAGGGGUUCAAGUGCAUAUUCGACCGAGGGAUUCUGCAUUUGUACUUUAACUUCAAACGUUACAGAUACCGUCGUUGAAGAGGUUUCCGAAGCACAUGGUUUGUUGCAAAGUUCAGCAUUUUAUUAUUUUCUUGUUUAUGUAUUUGCUACGCCAAGCUUGUAUGUGAUGUUCAUUCAUGAAUGAAGAAUUUUGAGAACUUGCUAUAAA